AUGGCUGCCACCAGCAGCCACAUCAAAACCACCACGAUGAACCCGCACGAGCACGAUGUUAAUCACGGCGGCGGCCCAGAUGUGCGAGCGCAGCUUCUUCUGCUCGUGGGCCGGCAGCUCGGCCGCCUGCUCCUCCUCGGGGUCCAUGUCGUCCGCCAGGCUGAUGCUCGUGCGGAACGUGUUCAUGUCGAACGGCUCCGCGUCGGGCCACGCCAGGCUGAUGAGCACGAUGUACAGCGGUGUCGAAAACAGGGCUGUGCAGUUGCCGAUGAAGGUGGCCUUGGUGAUGUUGAGGGUGUCCUUGUCGACGACGUGGCUGCCGAAACAGUACGCGCCGGCGAUCCAGCACAGGACGCCGGUGAGCGUGCCGAGCGGCGCGCCGACCACGAGCGCCCACUUGGUCAUUCUGCUCCAGAAGAGCGUGAUCACGACGGUGAAGACGCUCGGGUUGACGAUGAUGCCGCUGAAGGUGAGCAGCCAGCCGACGGUGACGCCCACGUAGUUGAAAACGACCGACAGCACGGCCAUGAACAUGCUGAAGCCCACGACGGCGAUGUGGGCGGCGCGCACAAGCUGUGCGCCGGAGGCCUUGGGGUUGAUGUAGGUUCUGUACACGUCGUAGGUGGUGACGGAGGAGAAGGCGAUGAGCUCUGCGCUGCUGGCGCUGGUGACGGACAUGAAGAGCAUGAUGAGGCCUGCGGCGGCGCCGGACUUGCCCAUGACGGCGUAGAGGCCGUAGAUGACGGGCAGGCCGCUGUUGACCUCCUGGGCCGAGAGCUCGUUCGGGUACGUGGGGGAGUGGGGGUCCGAGAGCAGCGCACGGCACGCCAGGCCGGCCGAGGAGCCGAUCACGGUGGGGAUGACGGCCCAGCACAGCGCGCCCAGCGUGUAGCCCUGGAACACCUGCGUGGAGCUGGACGCGAUGGCGCGCUGCGAGUAGCCCGGGUCGCCGAACACGGAGCUGAGCCCGCCCAGGCACACGGUCCACGUGAGCAUGAGCAUCGUGCUGUCUCUGUAGCUGAGGUAGCUCUGUCCCGUCGCGGACGGGAACGUGUGCUGGGCCUCCUGCAGCAGGUCGUACAUCUUGCCCGGCGACCCGAUCAGCGGCGACGAGCAGUAGAUCUUGAAGCUGGCGACGAGCAGGAUGAUGUAGAUGAUGACCGUGUGGAUCCAGUCCGAGAUGAACGUGGCCUUGAGGCCGCCGAGCGCCGUGUACACCAUGACGCCGAGGGGCAGCAGGAAGCUGGCGGCGACGACGUUCAUGCCGGUGGUGGCCGAGAAGCCCUGGGACCCGCCGAGGAGCAGCAGCGACGAGAUGAGCACGUUUGUGGCAAAGACGUAGCACAGAAACACCCAGUGGCCGACCGGGCCGAAGCGGACGGAGAAGCACUCGGAAACGGUGUGAGCUGCAGGGGCCCUGGAUUUUAUUUGCAGGCACACAAACACAAACAGGGUGACCUGGACGGUGCCGCCGAUGCCGUAGAGGAAGCCGCCGGAGACGCCGUGGGCGUAGCUCCACGCGCCGGACGAGAGCAGUGUGGCGGGCCACGUCCACGCAGACACCGUGGACGAGGCAAUGAGGCCGGAGCCGACGUUUCUGGAGGCCGUGGUGAAGCGCUCGGAGUUCUGUACCUGGCCGAGGUAUCUGGACAGCACGCGCGUGAUGAGCGACAUGAGCAGCGCGAACGCCGCGCCGAUGCCCAGCACGAAGCCGUAGCCGUAGCUCUGUUCGAGAAUCGCAGUGGUCAUUGCGCUGGAGACUGCUGUUGCUCGGAUUAA